AUGACUAGCAACGUCGGAAACCGCGCCCUUUACGAGGACGGCGACCAGAAGAACGUCCCACAGAGUGAGCGUGAGCAGCCUGACCGCUUCAAGGAAGGCCAGCCCAACUCUCACAAGGCACUCGACUCCAAGGACGAGCGAUCCAUUGCCAACAAGCUCGCGCGGGAGGAGAAGCGAGAGAACGAGCCCGAGGGUGAGAACAGCGAGGAGGCCCGGGAGUCCAAAAUCGACUCGACGCUGCCAGCCCGCAUGCACGGCAACGAGCCAUCGAAAGGCGCCAAGAUCGACCAGCAGCUGAAGGAGGAAGAGGAGGCAGAGCUCAAGAAGAAGGGUGCCUUUGGUCCAAAGUAG